UCAAGACAUCCUGAGCAUGCAUUUCCUGGCAGUCCUACUCCUGCUCCCUGGCGCUCUCUGCUUUGCCUCGGCAAACCCCACCUAUGAGCAGCAAGACCGGUCGACAGGCGAAAUCCUCCGGUGCGACCAGUGUCGCCCGGGGACUUACCGGGCCGCUCACUGCACCGCCACCACGCCCACAAAGUGUGAACCGUGCAAGGGGGACCACUUCACAGAGCUGUGGAACUACCUGCCCAGGUGUCUGUACUGCAACAACUUCUGCACCCACAACCAGGAAGUGGAGACCGAGUGCUCCCCAUUCAACAACAGAGUCUGUCGUUGCAAAGCAGGCUUUUACAUGGUAGAUGACUUCUGUGUCAGACACUCAGAGUGUGGCCCUGGAAACGGAGUUCUCACCUUAGGUACACCUACAAAGAACACUGUGUGCGAAAAAUGCCCCAAGGGGUAUUUUUCCAACUCGUCUUCUGCCUCGGAUCAGUGCGUAAAACAUCAGCACUGCUCAAACGGCGACGUCGUGCUCCUCCACGGCUCAGCGGUCCACGACACAGUGUGCGGCACCUGUGGCAGUUUCACAAAUGGAGGGGAUGAUCUCAGGGCAGUCCUGUCUGCGUCAUUUAGUGGGAAAGGGAUACAAAAACGAGAUUUAAAAAGAUUUAUUCACAGCAUCGUUCAUAAAAAGCAAGAGGAUGACUGCCCUGGGGACUCAGCUCUACCAAAUCAGAGAGGCCCUCUUGUGGAUCAUAUCAGAGCAUGGCUGGCCCAGGCUUCUGCAGAGCAGCUUAAAGAAGUGCCAAAAACCCUGAGGGUCGCUCAGUGUGGCACCAUAGGAGCUAAACUUGACAGAAUGCUCGAGGAAAUCAAGCAACAUCACCCUAGCUGCAGUCUAUAAAGUUUCAAAAUGUUUGGAAGAUGUUUUGGACUUCAGCAUUGCUUCUCAAUAAAUGUAUGUCUAUAGAAAAUCCUUUUUUGAUAGACUGCAUUGUCAUCAGUAUUACAAAAUGUUCUUCAUUUCUGUGCAGAAUAGCUUUUUCAUUGAUAAUGUUGCCGUUAUUGUUUCCUGUGUAAUGGACCUAAUUUAAAAAGAGGUAGUGAUGCAAAUGUUUUGAAUGUCCCGGUGAGAGACAGAACUAUGUUUGAGUUAAAUAAGCUUUUAAAUGUUGUGAAAGAAAUGUAAAUGUGUUUGAAAUAACAGUUUCUUUGACAAAUUCAGGAAACUUGUGUUGCUAUGUGUAGUUUUAUUGUAUAGAAACUGAACAAAGCCGUUUCUUCUUUAUGGCCCCAAGAAAUUAAAAUAUUUUUUCAUCUAAAACUUCUCCAAGACCAUGAAUUGGGGUGGAUGGGAAUAAUUUUCAAUGUUUCUACGCUCGAGACCGACCCACUUAAU